AUUGGUGAGUCUGCAUAGAGCUAGAGAGAGAGACACUGGUGAGAGCGUAAAUUGCUUUACACUGCACGCAUUUCCUGUCGAGUCCGUGCUUGGGGCCGCAGCCGAUCCGCCAUUGAGCUAAACAACUCCUAAGUCUACCUAACUUUGCUUUUUACUCCUGCGAAUACAUUUUGAUCGUUUUCAAGUCAUAUAUUCUACCAUACAAAGUGCCUUACAAUGGAGUGAUCAGGUGUUGAGGUGGUGCUAGCUUCACUGCACGUGCCCAUGCAGAGUGAACUGAAGUGGUUUUUGGAGAGGAAAGGGUUAACGAUGUGCAGAUAAGGGGAUUCUAUCAUCACAUCUCACCAAGAUGGAUGUCAACAGUGACCGUAAUGAAGGCGGCACGGGAAGUGCUGCAGAAGAGAAACCUGGAGUGCUCUUUGAUGAAGCCAAGUCUGUAGCUGAGGGUACCACAUUGUCAUCAUCUGAGGAAACCUGCACCAUGGACAGAGAGGACAGAGGUCCCGGUGAAGAGAAUGUAAAGCAAACAGAAGUUUUAGAAGCUUCAAAGAAUGGACUGACAGGGGACUCCAAAGACACCUCAUUGUCUCAUGAAGCGAGACAAGAACUUGGUGCUGAUUGCUCUAAGACCACCAAAGAUGUUGCCAAUGCACUUCAGGAUCAGGAGUCAUUGGGCAAAGAGGUAGAAUCCACCAAAGAAGGGAACAAAGCAGUUCCUCUUUCUCUAGAUGAUACCAAAGAAGGUGAGGAAGACCCUCAGCCACUGCAAGACCAAGAGAGCUGUGACAGUCAACAGAAUCUCAAGGACCACACCGAAGCCAAUGCUGCAGAAGAAAUCCCCACCAAUGUUUCAGCUGAAAGUAUCAUCAUGAAUGAGGUCAAGGACCAAACCACCCCUGAAGAUGUUCCAACCAAAGUCACAGCUAUCCCACUGAAAGAUGAAUCUGCCGAUAGCAAGGAUGAGCAACUCAUUCAUUGCAAGAAAGAGGAGUAUGAUCUUCAUUUAGAUGAAACAAAACAGCCAGAGCCAAAAAUGUCUUCCACGAUAUCUUCCAGCCAAAGUGCCAAUACCUGUUUGACACCAAAUGUUACACCAAAUGGACAAAACAUCAAGCAGGAGUCCCCGCCUUCAUCUCCGAACUUAAGUCUUCCAUCACAAGAAAAUAUGCAAAUAAAAAUAGAUAAAUGCUCAUCAAGCGUUGAAGAUUCAGUUAACAAUAAUAUUCAGAAGUGCACCACAUCUUGCCAAGAAACGAUUGAAGUGGCUUUAAGUGAAUCAUCAGUUCUUCCAGAGAACCCUACCAACUCCGAUCAAUCCGAUUGCACCAUGAAAAAUGGACAGGAAGAUAAAGAUGGGCCCUUACCUCAUGUUCCCAAACCUGAGGAAAAUGUUGAAAACACCCAGAAUCGUUCAAUGCUAAUGAAAUAUCUUGGGUUACAACCUGUAGGGGAAAGUGGUAUAUCAAGCAAAGACCCCAGAGUUGAUGUAUCAUCCACAAAAGUGAGUUCAUCAUACUUGGAUUCGUUUUGCCUGAUGCCUGGCCUAGACCAAAUAAACUCUUACCGAAAUGGCCAGAUCUCCUACAACACAUCACCAUUUGAAGCAUGCAGCGAUGGCAGCCAUUCUCCAGAGCCUCCAAUUCUGUCAGAGACUCCCGUCGUAGGUUCAUCCCCACCUCACCAUGAUUAUGAUGCAAUGGAGGCAAGAAUGAUGGACAUGACUCCCAGAAUGGGCCCAGUGAUGACCAAGGGGGAUCUACCAACCAGAUUUGCUCAAUCCCAUCCACCAGAUCAAAAUACGAAGACUGCUUUCAGCAAGAAGCAACAUGGAUUCCUGGGUCCUGCAUCAUCACAUGCCUUGAACAGUCUGUGCCAUAGGCUCGCAGAACGUGUAGAACCAGAUGUUCCCUGUCAAGAUCCUCACAUUUCUCAGGGAACAAAACUCAGUGAAGACUUCUACUCAAUACCUAACAAGAAGCAGAAAGACCAUGACAAAUAUGCAGCAAAGACAAAGAAGUUCUCCAGCUUGUCAGAUGUUGUUCCAUGCCCAAGAUGUCACAGAACUUUCAAGAACAGGAAUCAGCUGAGAGGGCACCUUCGCUGGCAUAUUAACGAUCCCAUAAACCUUCUCUCUGGAAGAUGGCCUAAAGAUAGGUCCAAUACACAUGAAAGCAGACUUUCUUCUGUAAAGACCUCAGGAAAUAUCUUGGAUAAAAGUGGAAAAAAGAAGAAAAACUCAAAUAUCCACCUAGUUCCUGAAAGACAAACUUCAUUUUCACAUCUUUCUGGAGAGGCACAAGACAGUUUUCCGUGCACUCUUUGUUCCAAGGUGUUUCGAACCUCCCUCAAGUUACGAGGACAUAUGAUGGUACACAAACGUAAACAAUCAAAGAAGAAAAAUAUUUACUGGAGGAAUAAGACCAGUAAAAGCCCUGGUUCUCAAGGACAAUUCCAGUGUGAAAUUUGCUCAAAGAGGUUUGUGUCUCAGACAAAACUCAGUGCCCAUAUGACAACCCAUGCAAAGGAAGUCCAUCCAAGGAGCAAAGGUGUUAAAAGGCUUGGAAGUUUUGCACACAGCAAUGGUGAAAACUCAUCGGUUGAUGAUGGCCGUACAGGAAUUUCAAACAUGGAACAGACAGUAGUCCUCGGAAAAAGGAAAGGACCAUUUAAAUGUAGUAUUUGCUUCAAAACAUUCCCUUCAUUGCGAGCUCGGAAUGGUCAUAUGGGUAUCCACUCCACUAAAUGGAAGUUUGGAAAAUCUCUUCACCAAAGAAGUUCAGUCAGAAUCAAAGAAGAAGCAUCUGAUCAAAUGUCAUCCUUUGUGGGACCAUCUUCCAGUGAAACCUCUGGACCAACAGACAAAACAGGGUCGAUGAAAACAGAUGAGAAUGUUGAUCCCAAAGAAUCCAAUAGUUCCGCUACCGCGAACAGUUACCGGGUCCGUAAUCUAUACUUCAAAUGCAUCCAUUGCCAGCUUGUCUUUGCUUCACGGCACAGGGUGAGGAAGCACCUCAUGAAAGUGCACUCUAUCAUGCCUCCUGGAUCAGAUUCGUUCACAGAAGAAAGAGUAGAUGGUUGUAAAUUCUGUGAGGUUUUCAAGAAGAGGAAAAGGGGAAGACCAAAGCGAGGUGAAAAUUCUCUGGUGCAAUGUCCACAUGGGAAAAUUGUAGUGGGAUACAACUUACCUUUGAACUCUGUCAGACUUAGCAGAAAACAGAGACGUACUCCUAAGACAGUGAAAACUGAGGAACAAACUGCUCUCACACCAGGAGAUGUCAUGCCACAGAAAUGCUCUGUCAAGUUAAGUCCAGUAGAUGUAAAUGCAGCUAGAGAAAAGGACAUUCAAGACAAUCUAAAUCAUGAAGUGCAGAAAUCAGAGGAAUCUAUGUUGCCAGACUCUCAGUCACUCAAAAAAAGAGGAAGGCCCCCCAAGGAUCGCUUGAAACCAGCACAUAAUAUGCAGAGUGCUCGCAAGAUAGUAUUUUCAGUUGGAGCAAAUAAAAGAGGUAGAACACGUUCCCUUUCUUCAAUUAGGAGACGCAGAAUGGGAAAGGAAAUCUCUCUCUUGGGCAGACAACUUCAAAGCGGAUGGGAUCCAAAGAGGCAAAGGUUCAUUGGACGGCCUUACAAGUGUCAUCUCUGCAAGAUGUCUUACCGCAGUGAAAGGCAACUUUGUGGUCACAUGAGAUCUCAUGGCAUUCACAUCUUUGACCUGUCACAACUUCCAGCAGAUCAACGAGGAAAUACUUUCAUGCCCUGUGAAGACAUGGACACUAAGUUUGAUGAUGGACUAGAGGUGGAUAAUCCUGAAAGAGAUUUGAGCACUGAUAAGUCAGAGAGUCAAACUUCAACUCCUACAGAACCAGAUCUUGAGAUGACAACUGGAGAAAAUGGUGUUGGAGGAAUAUGUGGAGUUUGCAAGAAAGAGUUUGAUAGUGAUAACAUGUUCCAUCAGCAUUUGCUUGGGCGAUACAAUAAAAAAUGCAGACAAGAGUGGAUGAAGCAUACCUUUGGAUUUGGAACUAAAAAUAAAGCACAUCAUGCUUUAGAGCAAGACACUGUAGAUGAUCACGGUACUGUUGAUUCAAAAGAUGAACAAAGCUCUGGUAACCUUUAUGUCAUUGACAAGAUCAACAUGGAAACCUUUAAAGGUUCUGGUAUAUUCAGUAACCUUCAACGAAAUGUCAAUGACAAGAUCGAAAAUGUGUUGCAAAGAGAGAAGCUUGUCAGCAACUGUUCAAAAAGCCUUGAAAAUCCUGAAAGGAGAGACACAGAACAGCCACCUUCUGUCUCAACUCAGAGUGAUUCUGGACUCACAAACAGCUUUUCCCCAAAGAAGGGUUCAGUUUUGAAUGCGGUCAUUAACAGGUUAACCCAAUCAUCCAAACCAAGUGAUGUUGUCCUAAGCAACACACCUUCGUAUUCUCCCAGUAAACCCAAAAGAUCGCGCAAAGGAUCCCAGAAACAGAUCUUCACUUGUAACAUUUGCAACAAGGUUUUUGACAAGAAACAGAAGCUAAGUGUUCAUGCAAUGAUUCACAGACUGAAGGUAGCCACUGUCAUGGAUCAUAUAGAAAAUGCUUCUCAGAGGAAUGGGUCUGGCAUCAGCACACUGCCAAUUGGUGAAGAUCAAGAACCUGCUCAGAAUCAAGAAGUGAAUGACUCUCUAGUUAACACAGAAUCUGUGGCCCCAAUGCAUUUUAUGUACACAUGUCCUGAUUGCCCAAAGCAGUUUACAUCAAACCUGAAAUUUACAAGUCAUUUGAAGAUGCAUGGAAAGAGCACUAUGAGUAAAAGUCCCAAACGAGACACUAGUUUAACGUGCAGUCAAGACUCAAAGGCAGAGCGUCCUCCUGACUCGAACAAAACAGAUUGUUCUGGAAGUCCAUUAGAACCUGCAAGUAAUAUUGACAAGCUGCCCAGUGAAGAAGUGUCUUCUGCCACCAAAAGUGAUAUAUCAGCAAGGAAAGAACAUCAUAGCAAUGAAAGCACAUUUGACUUACCAGAACAACCUGGUUCAGAUGACACCACAAAGACUGUGGCUAGUGUUCAAGAUGUACCUAUCAAGGAAGACCUAAAUACAGACAGAGAGAAAAGCCAGGCAGAAAAAGAGAAGCUGAUAAGUAGGCCUCGCCUGCUUCUGAAAAUUAACCCAACAACCUUGCAACGCCUCCAUGACUGCCCAGAUUGUUUAAAAUCAUUCAAGAGUCGGCGUCAUUUAGCUCAUCAUCAAAGAAUUCAUUCUGAAGAAAAGUUAUCCAACAGUCAUCUACACGGAAAUACCACACCCCAACCAGAAAUUUGUUCAACACUGUCUACUAAAAAUGUGCAUAACUCUCCAGACCAGUCUGAAUUAGUAUCAGAUUCUUUUGAAGAAAGAACUGGCUCAACUGAAUUUGGCUUCCAAGAUGGUGAUCAAGCUAUUGGAAUUGCUAAUCCUGAGCCAGUCCCUGUGGAGAAUAUAUCUGCAUCUGCCAAAAACAGUAUGGAAGGACAUCCCCCUGAAAAGAAUGUGCCCUGCAAAAUAUGUGAUAAAGUCAUGAAGAAGUCCCAGUUGGGUGGCCACAUGAAGUCCCAUACAAAGGAGCUGCUCUCCAGAAAAUUCAAUGGGUCUGAUCAUGGUAGUGCCUUUGACAAGAAGCGAUUUCCUAGUUCUGCUUCUGCCAAGAGAUUUAUGGAUAGAGAAAUAAUUUCUGGAGUAGAUUUAUAUCGCUCAGUAUCCAGGAAUGCCGAACCAUCUCUUGCAAAGUCCUUCACAGGAACAGUACAUGAUAUUGCUACAAUUGACAAUAUGGAUAAAGAAGAAGCAGAGUUCGGUUCUAGCACUGCUAUUAUGGAAAACUAUGUAGAAGAACUCACGGAAAGAGAUCAGGAAAAGCAGCAUCACACUUGCCAUAUGUGUGAUAUAAAGUUUGACACCUAUCAACAACUUUGUCAGCACUUGAAAAUGCAUGUUGUGAAGAAACCAAGUUUUAGUGUGUCAACUAUUGCACAAGAGGUUAAUGGAGUACCCUCUACAAAUAUGGUUGAGAAAGAAGUCUCCUUCAUGGAAAGCUCCAAGCAGACAUUUGCUCGCCCAAAGAUCUAUCCCUGUGAAAUCUGUGGCAUUCCUUUCUCAUCCUUCAGGCAAUUCCGGGUUCACAUCAGUCAGACUCAUGGUGGCAAAUACCAGUAUCGUCUCAUGCUUCAGCAGAAGGAAGCCGCCAAAGCUGGUGCUUUUCUCAAAGAACCUGAUACCAUUAACAAGACUCAUCCUCACAAAUGUGAUGUCUGCGGGAGACGGUUCAAGCGAUUAGCUUUGCUAAUAUUUCAUCUGAACAAGUUGCACAAGGGAUGGAAACAGAGAUUGUGCAUGAUGAAUGUUAGGAGCAGACCUCGACCACCUCAGACUGCUGUACAGAAGAUGCCUGGAACCAAUGCACCAAAUGGACAGACUGCUUCAGGAGACCCUGCAGUGAAUCCUGCAGACCUUCCAUUUACCUGUGAGCUGUGUGGCAAAAGCUUCAAGAUGAAGGUGCAGUUAUGUGGACACAUGAAGACUCAUGGUAGAGUUGGACAUUCCCCAAUCAAAAUAUCCCCACUAGCCAUGAAGGGAAAAUAUACUCUCAGGAAAAGUAGGAAACCAGACUUCAGGCUCAGUGAUGAGUGGAUUCUAGACAUGGAUGAUGAGCAGAUGAAAUAUGAAAAUUCCAUGGCCCUCCAGCAAAUACCAACCGGGCAAAGUAUAGUUGAUCAGCCAAGCAACAUGAAGAGUCCUCCCAAUGCUAGUAUGUAUAACGCCCCCAUGUAUGCAGCCAAGCCAGUGGCGAGUAGUAUGGUUGGAACACCGAAAGUCAUUCCAGGCCUCGCAGAGCAUAGUGAUCAAUAUAGAAUGCCUAUGUCAAGUCCAGAGAUGCCGAUGACUCCACCAGCUUUAGAUCUUAAAAUACCUGUAGCACCUCCGCCACCGGAACCCAGCAAAUUCAUCACAAUCCAAAUGGAACCAGUCUUGCAGCAGAUGCUUCACAGGUGUCUUCUUUGCCAUUCAUACUUUAGCUCACAAGAAAAUGCUGUACUGCAUUGCAAGGAAGUUCACUUUAAAAAGAAACCCAAAGCCUUCCAUGCUGCUGAUUCUGCCCAAAUUCCAUCCCAUCCACUAGGGCAGGAUUAUCAUAUGAGUGGUGCAGCUCCGGAGCUUGGGCCACAUUCUUCUCAACACUCACCUGCUGUUUGUCCAGGAAGACCUCCGGUAUCACCAAGCCUUCAACCACCAGUCCCACAACGUAUGCAUUGCCCACCUCCCAUGGCAAGUCAGAUUUCUCCAAGGAAUCAAUCCCCCACACCAUCAAUAUCCAAAAUGAAAUCUCCUGGCUUUGAUAGAAUGAAUGUGCCACCUUCUAGAUUCCAGGAGAGAAGUUGUAAUCCACCGGUACACCCCUUCUCGGGUCCUAUGCCAAAGGCAGCUCCAACAUCAUCACCAUCAGCAAAGACAAUCAGUCAAACACCAUUCAAUGAGAUGCUCUACCGGGUGGAGAUGCUAGAGGGGCAAACACGGUAUGUGUGUAACACUUGUAAAUCAACAUUCCUACACUACAAUUUCCUCAUGAGCCAUCUGGCAGAGCACAAUCACCUGGCAUACACCUGCUUGCAGUGUGGAUAUGCGACUUAUUCAGAGAGAGAUUACCAGUUGCACUGUCAGCUUCACGAUGGUCAGAUAUCCAAGAAAAUUAGAAGAGUAAGACCAAAGCCACCAGGAUAUGCCUCCAAUGCUGACAAAGGACCAGCUCCAAGGGCUGUCGCAACUUGUCAUAUUUGUCAACGGUCAUUUGUAAAUAUGAAGGGGCUGAAGGCACACAUGGUCCUUCAUUCUGCAAACUACAGCAGCAUAUCAGAGAGGAGAAACGAGUCUAAGAAACUCCCAAGAAAUAUCAUUGUGCCUCUGGCAUGCUUCAAUGAGGUGGCUUCAGAACCACUUUCCCUUGUGAAACCUACAGAAGAGCAGACAGAAGCAUUGGAUCUAACUGUUAAACCAGUAGAGGAAGCACUUGACUUGAGCAUGGGUCCAAGGAGUUUUCCCGACCCAGCAGAGAGUCCAGAUGUGGAAAGUUCAAUUGAUAUGACAGUCAGUAACAUUCCAGAGGAAAGUCCGACUAUCAGUCUGCCUGAUGUGUGCCAAGUUAUGCAGCCACUUGAGGUGCCAGAAGAGCCUACACCAUCCCCCACCCCAUCGCCCACAGGAAAGCUUACACAUGUCAGAAAGCCAAAGAAUAGCAUUAGACUUGUAGGUGCAAUUGAUGUCGAUGUUGCCAGCUUGGAAAAUAAGUACAGUGUUGUUACAGAUUUGAUGGAUACCGACAGUGAUAUUUCACCUGAUGUUCCUUUAUCAGCUGGCCAGGAUUCUCCGGCCAGAAGUGGAGAAGGGGAGAGUGAGCUUGAUGGCAAAUCACCCAAGAAGACAAGAAAUUACAAGUGUACAAUGUGCCAGUAUGCUACUGACUUCAAAGACUCGAUGGAACGGCAUGAGCAGAAGCAUCGCAAGUUCCGCACAUUGGCCUGUCAUCAGUGCAGUUACAGGACUCCAGAAAAGAGACUCAUGUUAAGGCAUGUACUCACUAUUCAUGAGAAGCAGAAGCCAUACCAAUGCAAACUAUGCUCCUACUCAUCGGCGUAUAAGCAUCACUUAAAACGCCAUCAUACAAAACGUCACCAACAACCCCUAUUGACAUGCAAUCUUUGUGAGUUUACCACAGACGAUGUGGAAAAGCUGAAAAGUCACAGUGCUUCACAUCCUGAACCAAAAGUCUACCAAUGCAAGCUUUGCCCUAUGGUGUUUAAUAGUGGUAAGCUCUUUAGAGCUCACAAGCAGAUUGUUCACCACAAGAAGAAGAAGAGCAAAAAAUCCAGCCGGGACAAACACCAUUCUUCCUCUCGUGUUGUCGAAUCGUCAGAAUCCACGACAGAGGGAAAAGAAACAGAAACUUUGGCCACUUCAGAGGAGACCACAGAACCAGUUGCCCUCAAGUAUCCUUGUAACCUGUGCAAGUAUCAGACAGAUGAUCAGAAUGAACUAACCAUACAUCUCAUGGAAAAACACUUUAGCAAUCAGAUCAAAGAAGGUUUGGGAGAUGUCUGCUCUACAGCGCAGUGUCCUCAGUGUGGUUACCUGACUGGGAAAGAACAGAUGAAAGCCCACAUGCAGAUACAUGACAUCGGGGAGCACUUCAACUGCGACCAAUGCCUCUUCAAAGCAUGCACCCAGGAGGAAGUGGAUGAGCAUGUGAAACAAAAGCACAAAGUCAAUCUAGCCCCCACUCUGACGUGUAAGAUGUGCAACAUGCGUUUCUGGAACGCAGAGGAUAUGAAGCAGCAUACAGAAAUGCACCUGAAGGAUACGUCCAUUUCUGUGAAAAACCCAUUCCUCUGCAACCUGUGUCCUUUGAAGCUGAUGAACCGACGCGAUGCCCUGAGACAUCUCCAGCUCCACACAGAUCGCUACCCGUUCAAGUGUCGUCACUGCGUCUUCUCCUGCUUCACCAAGGCCUCCAUACAACGCCACCUUUCCAUCCACCGCCACGCCAACAAACCCAAGUCCCUUGGAGCCAUUAGAAAGAAUGGCCGGAAGACUCACUCCAUGGGGGCGAGUGGGAGCUCCGGCAGCGAGAGCGAUGUCCAGAAGAGCCAGAGGAAGAGCCACAGCACUACAUGUUAAAGUAGCUUUAAAUUGAUCAACGGAAGGAGAAUUUAUUGAAUACAUCCAGCUUAUAUAAUGUUGGACCUGGCCGCAGAAGAUAAGGGGGUAUCUUAGCCCAUUUAUUACAAAUGUAUCAUUGUAGCCUAGAUGUGGAAAAAAGUUUGUUGAAACCCUGUGGAUGCAUGAUGCCCAAGAUCACCUUUAACAAAAGGAUUUGUUUAAGGUUUCUUUUGGGACUCCAUGGCCUUUAAUGUUGAACCCUUAAGGAAGUAAUCGGGCAACCUCUGCAAUCUGCAUCAUCUUGCUCGGAUUUUCCAUUCACAUUUAAUACUGGCUUUACAGGAGUAUCUGUUUUACCAUUGUCACUAGAAAGUGCAUGGAAGAUCUCAGAGACACCCAUCUCAAAGUUUUAGCAAAGAAAUCUACAUUCCACUCCCAUAAUAUUCAUGUGAGACUCUAGGAAAUAAAAAAGCAUGUUCUGUUCUCUUUUAUACUUUGAAUGGAGGUAUCACAUUAUCAUUAGAUCACCUCUAACGGCCAUUAUUAAAUGUUGAAUGGAACUGCAUAGAUUUGCAGGUGGUUAUUGUGUACAGACUACCCAUCUGUGGGUCAGGUGGGCCAAAUUUGCAUGAAAAUCUCAGUCUAGCCCCUGUCAAACGGUUCAUUGUAAAUACGUUACGUCUUGAGACUGGGGUAGGGGAUGCAUCCAUCAUUGUCUUUAGUGGCAUGUCUUGUUGCAAACAUCGCUUCAUUGUUCAGCUUGCUAUUAGUCGCUUUCUUCAUGCUUCGUCCAUAUCACUGCUUUUCACUUUUCGUCCAUACUCUUCACAAAAUAACUCUUUCUUUCGUUGUCUUGCUUUCGCACUCACUGUUCCCAACGUAUAAAAAGUGUGUUUCAUUGCAUUUUAUUCCACCAAUAUCAUUGAAGAAGGCAUUCCUUGAAGAGUCUAUGUUGUGCUCAAGUCUUGUGUUUCUUGAAAGUAAUCAUCACAGCAUAGUUCAUGAUUCUUAGAUGUUCCAUUCACCCGUAUUGAACAUUCAGUGUGUUCCACUUCAUUUUAAUAGCUCAAGUGCAUUUCAUUUGCUUGUUGCAUUAUUUCACUACUGCCAUCAUUAUGCUAAAGAAUUAAAGGUCUAUUUGACGUCAAAUUGUGAUCCUAACAAGUAAUAAACUUAUAUGAUUGUUUUUUCGCAACUCAGAAAAUGAAUGAAGUGAAGACAGCAAAAAUCACUUUUUUUAACCAUUUGGUAUACAGGUAGUUCUCUUUGAUAAAAAUUGACUCUGAUAUCAAAAGAUUCCUGCUAUAUUUUGUAAUGCUUGUCAUAUCAAUGUGUGACUCAUGAUAAAAUGGUACAUGUACAUAUGAUUCAAGUGAAAAAAUUUCUGGGUUCCCACAGUCUUGGAAAAUCCUGGAAAAAUUUGUGAAAAGUCAUGGAAAAGUCAGGGAAUUGCAUUUACCUCUUGGCUAUGGCAGCUUCCCAGUUUGUUGUGUCUUGCAACUCUCAUACUCUGUGAUCAUACUCUGCUAUUAUAAUUGGUGUUAAUGAUUUCCAUUUUUCCCAGUUUUGUGACAUCCCGACUUCUACAUAACUCCUGGGACAUCACGGGAUGUCAUGGAAAGCAGCAAUUUAGUCAUGGAAAAGUCAUGGAGUUCCGUUUUCAAAUUUCCGUGGGAACCCUGGAAUGUCAAUGUCAAUAUCAUCAGUCAUUUGCAUAAAACCUUUUCUCUAUCCACCAGUUUCCUUGAUUGCGUUUUCUGUUAUUGCAUGCAUCAUUAUUUCACCUUUAGACAAUGUACAUAACAUAUCCCAUCAUUCCAUUCCAACUGCUGCAUGUUGAUGUUGGGGCAUUUCCCCAAAAAAAAUCAUGUAGAUUCUGUAUAUGUUCGUGCUUCCUUCAGUUGUGGCUAUCAAAUAUUUGCAAUCGCUUUUACCGUUAAUUGCUUGCCAAGAUAUCCCUCUGCUUUGAUUGUUGAAUCGAUGGCCAUCCCCAAUAGUUUGAACUGUGAAAGUACUUAAGUUUUAAUUAGGAUAUGUGUCUGUCAUCUUUAGAUAAAAUAUGUGAUUAUUAUGUAAAUAUGUAUAUAAAAAUGAUCGUUUUUCUGCCCAAGUUUUAUCCAAGAAAUGUGCCUUGAAAAUUAAGAUGGAGGAAGAUAUGAUUAAAGGGUCUGGGUGACAGUGUAUGUUUCAGGUCAUCAUCAGUCUUGCCAAAUUGUCUUCUUUAUAAAGACAAUUCCAACCAAAGUUUUUUUUUAGGUAUUAUCCAGCUUUAUUUGGGGCUGACGACGGAUCUUUUUGUAUGCCACAAUAGAAAUGCAGACCUUAACUCCCCAAUGUUGGUGUAAAUUUUAUGUAUCCAUUUGACUAACAGGAUCCCUUUAAGUCAGUCCUGUAUUGUAACACAUACCUAUCAACCAUUCUGAAUUGAGAGGAAAUAAUCUCAAUUUUUAUCAUUAUUUGGACAGGAUUUUCCCAAGUUUGAAUAAGUUUUACUGUGCUAUAUGGAAUCUGAUUUCUGUCCUUUUUAAAAAUUAAAUCAUCCCUUUUAUCGGAAAGGUUUUUAGGUCUGGGAAUGAACAAUGAAUGCUUCUAUUAUUUGUUGUACACAAUAGCAAUUACCAUGUUGCUUCUUUAAAUUAUGCGCAAAUAUUCACCCACCAGUAAAAGUGUUUUUACUGCAUAUUUCAGCUUACUCACAUCUUAAAAGAGACAUUAAAUGACACAGCAGUCAAUAUCCAGUAAGUCUAGUUGUUUUGAAUAAUCCUUUUACAUAGCAUAGGCCAGUACUUCAGAGGCAAAACCUUUUCAAGUUUAUUUCAUGCAUCUUGUAGUUGACUUUUAAAAAAGAUGAGAAUUUUAUUUUAAUCAAAACCAUUUCUUAAAUGCAGUCAAUUUUCAAAGAUAACUUGUGUACACGUAUAACAGAACUGGUUUCCAAUAAAACCAAUAUUAUGUAAUGUCAGGUUCACUUGAAAUGGUUGACUUAUGUGAAAAGACCUAUUUAUGCCUGCUUGUAGUAAACUUGUUUUAGAAAGUGUUCAUUUGUCAUUCUUUAUGAAAUUGAACCCGGGGGCCAUACUACUAAUUCAUAAAUAAUCAGAAAAGAGAAAGUAGGUCAAUCCGUAAGAAUUUUCUGUCAGAAAAAAGGCUUUAGCUCAAAGGGGAGGUAGCAAUUGUCAUGAUACAUGUAAGAGAGGCUUUGCCUUAUUUAGAGGAAAACAUUGAAUGUAUGCCCCCUGACCACCCCCCCCCCCCCCCCCAUUUAAGCAUGCAUUCUGGGCCAUUUCACAAAAGUUGCCAUCAAUAAACAGUUUACAAUAAAUUACAGAGAUGAGUGAAAUGAUGAAAUCUUGCUAAGGGCAGAUUUUUAAAUCAGAAAUACAUAGUAUAACGGUGUUUUAUGAAAUCAGACCCUGUCUCUUUUUAUGAUAUUUAGAGCCUUUUCUAUUUUUACCUCGAAUUGGCCUAAAUUCUGAUCAGUUUUAUUUUAGUAUACAAUGCCUUAUAUGAAAAUGAUUGGCAAUGAAAUUAAUGUUACUUAGUCUUCCAUAUUAUAUGUUAUGAAGUGCCAAAAUACAUGUCUUUACUUGUAUUAUUUACAUUUACCACCAAGCCUUCCAUACACAGAUAGUGCUCACCAUAGACAUAUAAAUACUGCAGAAUAGUGCUUUGUUAUGGAUAUCCCUGAAUAUUUCUUCCAAAUAAUAUGUGGAAACGAUGUUUAAGUAAAUUAUAGUUUUAUACAAUGUCAUCAAAACUCACAUCUGCAUUUAUCCAAAAGAAUAAAAUGUGCAGAUAUUGGUUUGAAGAUCAAAGUGAUUUUGUAAAAUAAAGUGAAUAGAUGGAGGGCAUACAAUAAUUAUCAAUGAUUUAUGGGUCAAGUAAGUCAAGGUGUAAUGUUGAUUUUUUUCAGCAAUGCACGCCAUCUAACAAAUCAGGGUUUAUUUAUUUCGUGAAGUGUCCUUAUUAUUUAGAAUUCUGAACUGGGCUAUUGAUUUAAGAAAUUGCUUUUUAAAGUAAUUUUUAUUGCACUAAAUAAUUCACAUUUCAUUGGUGUUUGUAAGAAAUAUUCAUUUUAUCUGGUGGAUAUUUUCAGGCAUCAAAGUUUUACACAAAGUUUUAAACAAUUACAUGUCACAGACCAAGUUCUACCUUAUUUUCUUCUUUUGAAAGGUGAUUUGUCUACAUAAGUAUUUACUUGUGGUUGUACCUGUAAUAUCCUACCAGCUCGAAAAUACAAUGGUUUUAUAUGAGUGGAGAAAUUAUAAGCAAAGGUUUCUAAAUUCCUGAUGAAAAUAGGAGUACAAUAUUUUCAGAAGCUUGAAAUGAAUUAUUUUUUAAUACUUAAAUACCAAAAGAUACAUGCAUUUUGUUGUCAGUAUGGGGUUUCUUCGAUACAUGUAGCUCAAGAAACAUGGCCUUUUUCUCUUUAAAGUUAAGUACUCAGAUACUAAGAAGUUAUACUAAGACGUCCAUUGUAUUAUUACUAUAUGGCUAGGAGAGGGGGGUAUGCACUAAAUUAUUAAAGUGUACACUGAGACAGAAGUAUGAAAGUAUAGGCACUCUAAGGUGUCAACAAAAUAACUAGUAAAGGAAAAAAAUAGUAUUUUAUUAAAAAGAUGUAAGUUUAUCUUUUUUAGGGGGUUAAAUGUGUACAGAAUGCAUGUGGUUGGUAUUUUGUAAAAUUGAAAAGUACAGCUUUAAGGAGUGGUUUUUAAAUGGGUUUGUGCAUGUACAGGAGUAAAUUAACCCCCCCCCCUUCUCCCUCAAUCUCUCUCUAGCCAAUAUAGAAAGCUUGAAGUUGGACUUGAAAAAUUAUCUGUCACUUUUUCAAAAUUUUCUUCACCCCAACCUCGACGGAGAAAAACUCAGUUGAUGGGUGAUUUUUAUGUCCAUUAUUUUUAUCUCCAAUUUUGUUACAAGAAAAAUGUCAGCUAAACUAGACUAGAUAGGGUUUUAUUUGACAUUGUUAGCAUUAAAUUUUAGAGGGCAUUAUAUUUCUUGUUAAUGGCAACUAUGCAAAUCCGUGGCAUCUUGUAAACUUGUCCUAUGCAGGUGCUAAUUAAUUCAGCUCGAUCAUACCAACUUUAUUUUUCUUUAUCAAUCAAAUAUAUAUGAUAAGAUGAUCAUGUUUUCUUAAUUGCUCUUCCAGUAUUUGUACACAUGCAUCUUCCAAUCUGAUGUAACUUUUGCCUUAUUUCUUGUAUUUUCAAAAAAAUGUUCCAUUUAAAAUAAAAUAUUAAGAACUAUAAA